GCCACUUUUGUCCCUGUGCAAUCUGAUUGGACGACAAAGGGCUCAGAAAAACAGCUUACGCCAUAUUUGCAGUUCAACAUCGAGACCUCCUACGUGCGAAAAUGUCCAAAUAAUGUCUCAAACGGGGGCUAUGGAAGACGUGGCGGCGGCGGACGGUGCCGGAGGCAAGUCGAGUUCCAGUGCUGCCGGCCUCCGAAGUCGACCGGGCUCCAGCGAAAGGGACGCUCUGGUGCGGGCGGUCAAAGCGGCGCUGCAGUCCCGGCUAGGGCCCUACGAGCCGCUGCUCACCUACCUGCAGUCGAUGCUGGUGUGGGAGAGACCCUUCCAAUGUCUGCUGCUCUACGUGCUGGUCAACGUUGUGUUCUGGUUCUUUGCGCUGACGACUCUGCGUCUGUUGUUUCUGCUGUCGUGCGGCCUGGCCGCCCUUGUCUGCGUGGACGUGUGGAUGAACAAGAUCUGGCCCAAGCUCAGAGUCAGAAACCAGGAUGAAUGUGAAAGUGAAAGUUGGGGCCUGGUGCAGCCCGGCAUCCUCAGCGUACCCGAGUUGUGCCACCACGUCGCCGAGGCUUGGGUCAGCGCCGUCGUCGUUGCGUCCAACCUGGCGCACUUCAAACGAUUCAACCCCGGCAGGUUUUGCAUCCUGACCUGCUGCCUCUUCUCCUCGUUGGCCGUGAUUGGACGGUACAUUCCGGGGUUGGUGCUCUCCUACUCGGCUGUGUUGGUGAUGCUCCUGGCCCCUCUGGCGGCGUACCACAGGGUUUUCCAGCACGUGUUUGUGAAGCUGGAGCCAGUCCUGCAGCGGCUGGACUUCAGCGUUUGCGGAUACAUGAUGUCCAAGCCGCUCGACAACCAGUUCCUGCGCAUGCCUCUACAUGGCGUUAUCUCGGGUGAAGGCAGCGACAGCGAUGAGGAACUGGCAGCCUUCUGUCCUACGUUUGACGACAUCGUCACGGCAAAGGAACUCGCUCUCACCGACUCGGAGCACUCCGAUGCUGAGGUUUCCUACACUGACAAUGGCACGUUUAAUCUAUCCCGGGGCCAGACGCCGCUGACCGAGGGCUCCGAGGAACUGGAGAGACACAGCGACGCCGAGGAAUCUUUUGCUCAGGAUCUCCCAGAUUUCCCUUCCAUCAACCCAGAUGCCACCCUAAUGGACGAUGACGAUGACACCAGCAUUGGACUCCCCAGCCUGGCUCUUUCCGGACUGCAGAGUCACCGCGCCUCCGUACUGGACGUGGACGCUCACCUGGACUCGGACCAGGAAGACCUCGACGCCGAAAUGUCCCUCAGUGGCCUGCCGCCCGCCUCCGACUUCAUGGGCGACCUGGCGGGCGACAUCGCUAGCAACAUGAUCCGGGCGGCGCUGAGCGGCGCCAUGCAACCUCGCCGACCGUCCGCCCAACACAGGCAAGCUCCCCCCAAGGCGGGCGCCCACCGUAGCUACCGCAAGCAGUCCAGCUCGGAGCUGGAUACGGACUUUGACGUGGAGGACUUUGAGAUGCUGGAUCAGUCAGAACUUAGCCAGAUGGACCCCGUCGGAGAAGGGCAACGUAGAGAGAGUCAGGGCUCCAACUUUCUGUCCAGCCUGCUCGGUAAACCACAGUAACAAAAAACAAGCAAACCAAAAAAAAAAGUUACAAAACAUUUAAUGAGAUUUGGAGUCUUAAGGAUAAGAGCAAAAUAUAUGUUCAUGUUCAAUCCCAGCCCCAUGUGGUCAAUAUCACUUUUGGCACUGUGAAUAUGUCACGGAAGACUCAGUUGGAUUGGUUUGAUAAUGAAUCAUCGGCUUUUUAUUUCUUAUUUUGGGCGGGGGAACCAUGUCAUAACUCUUUACAGGGUGUGAGUUGCUGCAUUCAAAAUGCUGUCAUUCAAAUGUCGCCCUCUUUCCCACAGAGGGCUGGACAAGAAGAGGGCUAUCUAACAAACACGGGACCAAAUCCAGCAUUCCCAUUUGAGCCAUCCGUGUUGCUUUCCCAGAAGCGUGUUUAUUCACAAGUUACCAGAGUUGUGCUGCUGUUGCUUUUUGCCCUUAAGUUCUCCGCGGUUGUCCAAAGUUGCACAUCUCUAUCCAGAAGACAAUCUCAUUUUGACAUUAGAAAGUGCAUGAGAUAUUUUAAAUUUUAUUUCUAUCCUCCAACCAAUUGAAAAUGGCAAAUAUUGUACCCCAAUGCUUUUGCUACUUUUGUGCGAUUUUCUUUUUUGCUGCGUGAACAAAUUCAGGAUGUGUCUCACGCCCUAUAAAUCACAAUGUUGAAACAUCUCGAUGUAAGUGAAAGUCAUCUUCAACUUUUCUUUUUUGUCAAGAAAUAUACAAACAACAGUUUAUAGAGUUGCACUUGGUUUACUUUAAGUAAACCAUGACAGUAUUUUAGUUUGUAAAAGUGGCCCAUGAAUCUUGCUAGUAUGCUGUGACUUUACGAUGAAAAUAUGACUUGGUUAUCCAUACUGUAAGUGAGCCACAGUGAAGUUUUUAUCUGAAUUCUAGACUUUUAGCGUGUGAUUUUAAGAAAAUCACAUAAGCUGCACAAUAAAACAGCUGGAUUCACUUUACAAACAACAAUUGACAGUCUGCUGACUUGUGCAUUUUCUUCUCUGCAAUAGUUAUGUUUUGAUGUGCAAAUUAUAUUGAAUAAACUUUUCAACUAAA